UAUAUUUUUUUAUGUAGAUGGAAUACAAUUUUUUUCCAGAGUGCUGUAUCUCAGAGUUUAGAUGUACAAUCCACCACAUGCAACUGGAUCACAGGAUCUCUCAACUUACAGCAGAGCAGAAGGUGCAAAGGUUAUACGGAGCAGUACAUUUGAAGAACUUUCUCCUAUGCAAGCUUACGAGUGGAACACAGAAGGAGAUGCGGUUUAUUUUACCAGUCCGAGAGAUACAGAUUAUUUGAGAACACAGAACAGGGAAAGUAUCACGACCAUCACCCAACUGACCAUCAGUUGUUCCGGAACCUACUGCUGCUGGCUACAGAUUCCUGGUUGGUUCAAUGACCAGAAGAUGGGAAUACAAGUCAGUGUAAAUGAAGAAACACUAUGGAGAAUAUCCGGAUACAGACGCACACCCUGGCCCUCCAAAGCAACAAAACCCUGGUGCCCAGUGAAAUAG